AUUUCAUGAUUCCACCAGACUUUAUAUUUAAGUAAAAUUUCAAAGCAGAUUUAUAGUUUUGAAAGGCCCGUGUAUCGUAUUUUAAAAUGGCAAAGCUUUCAAAGCAGGAGAAGAAAAAGUUGUACUUUGACAAGUUGACCCAUUUGGUCAAGACUUACCCAAAGAUUUUGAUUGUCAGCGUGGAUCAUGUCGGAUCCAAGCAGAUGGCCACGGUCCGCCACUCCCUUAGAGGGUUGGCCACUAUAUUGAUGGGUAAAAACACCAUGAUUAGGACAGCCUUGCACAAAAACUUUGAGGACUCUCCAGAGAUUGAAAAAAUUGCUCAAUGCAUGAAGCUCAACACUGGCUUUGUGUUCUGCGAGGCUGACCCAUUGGAGGUCCGUGAUGUUAUCUUGCAGAACAAGGUUCCAGCUCCAGCACGUCAAGGUGUCAUUGCACCAUCUGAUGUCUUCAUCCAAGCUGGCUCUACUGGUUUGGAUCCAUCACAGACAUCUUUCUUCCAAGCUCUCGGUAUUUCAACAAAGAUUGUCAAGGGACAAAUUGAAAUUCAAAACGAGGUCCACUUGAUUAAAAAGGAUGACAAGGUCACUGCCUCCGGCGCUACAUUGUUGCAAAAGCUCAACAUUAAGCCAUUCUCAUAUGGUCUCAAAGUAGAAAAGAUUUAUGACAGCGGCGCUCUCUCUGACGCUAGCGUUUUGGAUGUUACAGAUGAGGACAUUUUCAGCUGCAUGAAGUUGGGUGUAAGCUAUGUCAAUGCCCUCUCACGCCAGAUUGGCUUCCCAACCAGCUUGUCUGUUGACCAUACUCUUAUUGAGGCCUUCAAGAACUGCGCUGCUCUCGCUCUUGACUCUGAUUAUGUAUUCCCAGAGAUCAAGACCCUCAAGGAGUUCUUGGACAACCCAGAGGCUGCCUUGGCUGCAGCCGCAGCUAGCGCUCCAGCAGCUGCCGCUGCUGCUCCUGCUGCUAAGAAGGAAGAGCCAGAAGAGGAGGAAGAAGACGAAGAUUUGGGUUUCUCUCUCUUUGAUUAAGCCAACUCGCUUAGCUCAUCUCGACUAUUAGUCGUAGGUUGAGAUACUCGGCCAAUUUCAACUGUCGGUCGGGAGAAUUGUCGCAGUGAAUCACCUGUAAAGCCCAUUACUGGUGCUUGCACAUUUAACUUGACGCAAUGAUGAAUUAACUUAAUCAUUCGCAGUUUGUUCAGACAGCUUGCGCCCAUGUUG